AUUACGACCAUGUCCGGCAUCGUCUCCAGAUGGCUCACCGGCGCAGGAGGAACGCGGUUCUUUACCCAGACAUACAGCGCAACUCGCCAGAAAGCCGUCCUCGUCUUCUGCCACGGAUUCAUCGAACACAUAGAACGCUACCAACAUGUCUUCCCGGUGUGGGCAGAUAGAGGGAUUACGGUGCUUGCGUUUGACCAGCGGGGGUUCGGUCGCACGGCGCUGGACGAGGAGAAGAGCAAGGAUAGCGUGUAUGGGAAGAGCAGCUUGCCCGAGCAGAUGGCAGACGUAGAAUGGGCCGUGAGUUAUGCGAAAAAUGAGCUAGCGGGAGGAAAACCAGUGUUUCUUAUGGGACACUCGAUGGGAGGGGCCAUUGUUUUAGGCUAUGCUACCCGCUCACCGCCAAUGAAGACGGUAUCUUCACUCGCGGGAGUCAUUGCGUCCAGCCCUUUACUUUGCCAGACGAAACCCGCGCCCAAGAUUUUGCGAUGGGUAGGCGGUCAAGCGAGCAAAAUAUUGCCGAACCUGACGUUCAAGGCAGAGGUCAACUCGGCCGAUCUGACCCAUGAUCCGGUGGUCAACGACUCGUAUAGCACCGAUCCCUUGGUGUACGAGAAAGGAACUUUGCGGCAGCUGAGGGACAUGCUCAACCACGGUGAGCAACUGCUUUGGAACGACUACAAGGACUGGCCGAAGGACCUCCCGGUCCUUCUGAUUCAUGGGACGGAGGACAAGGUGACGUCUUGCAAGUCGACCGAGGAGUUCUUCCAGAACCUGCCGGCCCAAGACAAGAAGUUGUCCUUAUAUCCUGGAGGAUACCACGAAUUGCAUAACGAGCCAGACGGGGUGAAGGAGAAAUUCAUUGAGGAGUGCAUCAGUUGGGUGGAGGCGCACCUCCCGGCUGAACCGAGCCCAUCACCUGCCGCGGCUGUGGUCGGACCAGCCAAGCUAUAGCCUUGCACUUCUCAACACGUCGAAAUCGAGAAUAGUAUACGGUUGAACGGUGGUCUUAAUUACGAGUAUGAAGC